AAUGUCCCCCUGGAUUUUUUGGAAUAAACUGUCUCGGGAAUUGUAUGACUUACUGUGGAGGAAACAGAUCAUGUGACCCCGUUACUGGUGUGUGUCAUGAUGGAUGCAUAGAAGGACUCAAUGGAGCUCUAUGUAAUGAAGAAAAACCCAUCUCCAAUCCUCGUACAUGUAACAGUGACAAAACGAGCAUUAUUAUUGGAGGUAUCAUCUCUGUUGUCAUUGUUGUCAUCGGAAGUGCAAUCAAUUUCAUGCUGUGGAAGAGGAACCAAUCAAUAAUUGCAGUGAAAUGUGAUCUUAAAUCAAGUGCUGAUCAAAAGGAUGUUGACUUCACAGACAUUCCUUCAAAUGGACAUCAGGGUAGCUCCAUUUAUGCAGAACUUGGAGCUCUAGACAAACACUCUACGUACGAGGAGCUACAUCAAUAUGCCGAGGCUGUCAACAGAUAAUAACAAGUUAAAUUGAUGCAAAGCAUCAAAUCGGCCGCGAAAAUAAAUUAUUAUAUUAGCUUAAGGUAUACGCAAUGUAGUUUGAAUUUUUUCCCUUUAUCCAUGGAGUCGAAGAGUUCCAAUUCUUGAAGGAAGUGCGUGCUGUAUUUUAAUGUCAAUACAUGGCAUUGUAUAUAUCUUCUUAGACAAUUUUGCAUAAGAGAAACAUCUAGAAUAUAUGUUAAGUAUUUAUAAAUAUUUACAAAACCAAGAUAAAAAAGAAUUGCGCGCGAUUAGGAUUGCAUAAUCAUAAAAAGAUUUCAUUUAAUGACAAAAUGCAAAAUAAAAUCUAAAAUUACUAUUUAUUGAAAUAUAAUGGAUCUUUGUUGCAUUAUAAUGACGAUGCUGACAUCUGUGAAAUGAGAAAAAAAAUCAUUGUUUCAUUUCAACUGUAGUGUAUUUGAAAUAAAAUUCAAUACUUUUUAAAUACUUUAAAUGCAUCAAUUUAUUAGUCUAGAUAUGUAUUCAUACUUGGAAACUUAAUACGUCUUCUUUCAAUAUUUACACACGCCCAUAAAUUGGGGAGUAGUUCUUGCAAUAACCUUUUUUAAUAAUUAAAGGAAUAUCUGAUAAGAAACGUAAGACAAUAUAAAACGUCCUAACAGCUAUUAAGAGUACACAUUUAGCAAAUUUUAAGAACUUUUAUUUGUAACUUAAUGACUUGUUCUCAAUAUCUCAUCCAAGCAAUCAAACAAAUUACCGGUACGUCUCAUUUACCAUGUGCACAUAUAACACUACGACAAAAAGUAUAAAUGGUUUG